AUGGCAUCGAGCACAGAGGGGAUCAAGGUGCUCCUGGCCGCAGCAACGGCGCUACUCGCGCCGUCGGCACCGCUGCCCUCGGCCCCUCCAGCGCUGCUGGAGCGGCUGCGCGCGUCGUCCGCCCUCCUGCCUAGCUGGCGCACACGAACAGGCUGGACAGAAGACGACGAGCUCGAGCAGAUCGGCGACGACGACGACGAGGCGUCCCCCGGCCGCAAGGAGCGGCGCGACGCCCUCGUGCAGCUCGUCGGCAGGCGAUGCCUCGACGUCCUCCUUGCGCUGCAGGCGCUGCUGGGGAAAGAGUUCUGGCCUGCCGAGUUCAAGGACGGCAUGGUGGACAAGGACUUCUUGCUCGGGACGGCCGACCUCCGCGUCAUGCGGUUGAUGCUCUCGCAUGCCGUCGCGUCCCUCCUGCUGCCACUGACGCUGGCGUACGUCGUCGGGCUGCCGCGCCGCGCGCCGCUCGACCCACGGUUGCCAGCCGCCGUGAACGACCUUCUCAGCCUGCUCGAGACGCCGUCGCCUCCAGCAGGGGGUAGUAGCGCGCGCGCAAAGCACUCUACGGCCAUCACGCUCGCGCUGGCCCACUCGCACCUCGCGCCGCUCGUCCUCUCGGCGGUGACGCUAGGUUGGACGCCGACAGUCCCACCACCCACGCACGCGGCGUUGCGCUCCCGCCUCGUCUCGGCGAUUUCAGCGUUCCCCCCGGCGCAGGCGAUGGCGGCGCUCAGUGCCGCCUUGCAGACAAUCCAUGCAGGCAAGCGCAAGCCGCCUCGCGGAUGGGCGCGCGUCUGGCCCGCGUACGUUGAAGGCGCGAUCGGCACCCUCCUCUCUGGGCAGGUACAGCGGCCCGGCGGCGUCCGCGCCGUCAUGGAGAACGUGUUCGGCGAGGCGGGGAACAUGCUGGGCCCGGAGGCAGUAGAAGGGUCAAAGCUCGACCAGAUUGCCGGGCUACUCUCGCGCGUGCCAAAGUCGGUGCAGCCAGAGGUAUACAUCCCCAAGCUGCUCACAACGCUGUUCGACCUCAUUGCGCCAGAGUCGGCAUCACACCCGAUCGUGUACACGCACGCGGCAUCCUACGUCGUGCACCACUUGUGGCAGACGAGCCCGCUCGCGGUGGAGUGGCUGCGUGCGCGGCUUCACACACCGUGGCUGCCUCAGAACCCACAGCCUGGCGUCGUGGUUUCCUCAGAGCAGGUAGAAGCAGCGGCGAGGUCAAUGGCGCAGCUCGUACUCCACGCACCGCCAUCCCCCGACUUUACAGACUUUGUGGUCGGCCCGAUCCUGCCCCCGCUGUUCGCGCUACACGCCCAGAUCAACCCGGCCGUCGGCGCCGGGUCGAUCCAGAAGGCUGCGGCGCCGGCGCCGGGAUUGGCAGCCGACGUCCGCCUCCUGCUCAGCAGCUGGGGCAAGGUCGUGCCGCAGGACAAGGGCGUCGCGGGGGUAUGGUCCGUCAUUGUUGGCGGCCGCGGGUGGCCGCCGUCCGACGACGGCGAGGAGUUGUACUGGAGCGUCAAGGGGGGGCGGGCCGAGAUCGACUUUGGGCACCCGGAGGCGCCUCAAGUCUCCGUCUCGACGGCUAUGGAUGUUGAUGGUGACGACGCGCUCGACUCAUUCGAACUAUCCCCCGACCCGCCUACCCUCGUAAGCUUGAUCAAGGGCUUCGACCGGCCCGACGUCGCCAGUGACGUCUUCCUCAAGGUGCUCGACGAGUGGCGCGUUCGCGCGAGCGCCGACGAUCAGGAUCCACUAAGGUCGCUCCUCUUCCUGCGCAUCACCCUCGCAAUGAUGGAGUCGCUCGGCGAGAAGCUCCUCGCCAACCCAGACCACGUCCUCGCGUUCGUCGAGGGCGUGCUCGGCGACGAGGUGCAUGCACUGCGGGAGAAGGCGGCGGAGAAGAAGCCACUCAUCCAGGAAGUCGACGCCGACGCUGACGAGCCGCUUCCCGAGCUCACGGCUGAGGGCGUCGAGAAGAUGGGCAUGGUUGAGACGGCCAUCUCGCUGCUGCUCGCGUCGCUGGAAGCCAACGAGAAGCUCAACUUUGACUCUGCGCCCAUUCUUCACCCGAUCAGCAACCACCUGGAAGCGUUGGCCGGGUCACAGCUGUCGGGUGUGCGACAGUUGGCACGCGAAGCGCAGCUGGUGCUACUUGUGCGCCGGUCGACAACGCUCACAGCGAAGGACGGCACCGUGUCCCCCGCGGUGGCGACGUACCGCCGCGCGCUGACACUCGUGUCUGACCCUAUCUUGCCUGUCCGCGCCCACGGCCUGGUGCUACUCCGCGACCUCGUGCUGAGCAAAGACUACGACACGGCCCUCACGCCGUCCAUCCUCGACGUGUACAUGCAAGCUAUCCAGGACAAGGACAGCUACAUCUACCUGAACGCGGUCAAGGGCGUGGCUGCCAUGGCCGAGACGCUCGGCAAGGAGAUCUUCAAGACGCUCGUGAGGCUGUACCGCGAGGGCGGGGACGGCGUGUCGGGCGACGCGCUGGACAAGGCGCUGCGGAUUGGCGAGGCGCUUGGCCUGGUCAUCCGGCGCGCGGGCAAGGCGUUUGCAGCUAAUGCUGGGAUCGUUGUCCCUGUGCUCCUAUCGACGUUUGCCAACGCCAAACUCCCAACGAUUCUGCGCACCUCUGCGCUGUCGCUGCUCUCGACGUGUGCGGAGGUGGACCACCUCGCACUGCUUCCCUGGGCCGACGAGCUGGCGAGCGCCGCUGUGGACCUGGUACAGAUUGAGAGCGUCGCGUCGUCGCCUUUCCGCCCCGAGCCGGCGGCAGCAGAGCCUGCGCCAACUCGCAAAGUCGUGCUCAUUGACGACGAGGAGCCCGAGGAGGAGGCGCCGAAGGAGACUGGCCCGCGGAUCGUCGACGACGAGCCGACGGCCCAGGACAGCAAGCAUCCUGCGCUUCGGCGUGCGGCUGUCGUCUUCCUCGGGCUGCUGGUGGCGUCCCUCAUCGAGGCGGCGGGCGAAAGCGACGGGAACGAGUCGGCGUCGGGCGAGUUCCAGAUGCGUCUCCCCGGCGCCGCAGCGACCAUCACGCCUUCGGCGUCGCGCCGUGCGCCGCCGCCCUCGCUCGCCGAGCCGAUCCUAGAGCGCGCCGGCACGGUGCUGCGCUACGUCGCGCACACGGACGACGACGAGGUGGUACGCGGGCAGGCGUCUGAGGUCGUCGCGCUCGUCGAGCGGCUGCGGGUGGUCAAGCUGACGGAGAGGAUCAGUAGCUCGACGCUGUUGUAG